UUCACUUCACUUAUGUCUGUUUUUUGUUUGUUUUCUAUAGGUGAAUCUACACCUGGCUGACUUUAGAAUUCUUCUGGCUUUUAAUUUUUUUCUUUUUAAAAUAACUUGGACGGAUAAAAGAUGUGCCAUGGCAGGAUAGCACCAAAGAGCACCUCAGCGUCUGCCGUGGCCUCUGUGGGACAUGGAGUGUUUCUUCCGCUGGUGAUCCUUAGCACCCUCCUUGGAGACGGACUUGCCUCAGUGUGUUCCUUGCCCCCGGAGCCAGAGAAUGGUGGCUACGUCUGCCACCCCCGGCCCUGCAGAGACCCCUUGAACUCAGGCAGUGUCAUCGAGUACCUGUGUGCUGAAGGCUACAUGCUAAAGGGCGAUUACAAAUACCUGACGUGUAAGAAUGGCGAAUGGAAACCAGCCAUGGAGAUUAGCUGCCAUCUUAACGAGGAGAAAGACACCAAGACAUCAUUUGGGGUCCCCACACUGUCCAUUGUGGCUUCCACUGCCAGCUCCGUGGCACUCAUUCUCCUCCUUGUGGUGCUGUUUGUGUUGCUGCAGCCAAAGCUGAAGUCGUUCCAUCAUAGCAGGCGUGACCAGGGGGUAUCUGGGGACCAGGUCUCCAUCAUGGUGGAUGGAGUCCAAGUUGCACUACCGUCAUAUGAGGAGGCUGUGUAUGGCAGUUCCGGUCACUGCGUGCCGCCUGCUGACCCCAGAGUACAGAUUGUGCUGUCAGAGGGGUCUGGGCCUAGUGGGAGGAAUGGGCCAAGGGAGCAGCAGCUACAGGACCAGGGGGCCUGCUCCUCUGCAGGUGGAGAGGAGGAGGCCCCGGGCCAGUCUGGACUGUGUGAAGCCUGGGGCUCCCGGGGCUCAGAGACUGUGAUAGUGCAUCAGGCAACCACCUCUUCCUGGGUGGCCGGCUCAGGGAACAGCCAACUGGCACACAAAGAAGCCCCGGAUUCAGAGAACAGUGACAUACAAAGCCUUUUAUCCCUCACAUCGGAGGACUACACAGACGAUAUCCCGCUGUUGAAAGAAGCAUGAGGUUUGCCACCAGCCUCUCUCCUCUGCAAUGGUCCUCUCUGCCCUUCUUCCCUCUCCCUGUGGGUUUGAGCACCCUGCCCGGCUAGCUGAGCUGCCACCUGUGGAUCUAUGGAUCUCUGAGGGCAUGCAGGCCCACCUUGCUGGAAACUCAAGGAAGAUUCUUGCCAUCUGCCUGCUUGACAGCUGGAGGAACUGGCUUUUUGCCUGGUCCAGCCUUCCCAUCUGUGUCGGGAACAUGUUUGAAUGUGCCGGACUGAACCCUUCCUUUUCCUGGGCCUCUGGGAGCCCUCCAGCCAAUUCUUUGAUGGCUGCCCCAACCAGCCCACAUGGGCCAGAGAACCGCUGUGUUUACUUGUGCCUUCCCCCAACCCUGUCCAGGUUCCCUGUCACGCAGGCCUGUUGCUGUCCUACAAGCCUUAGUGGCUGCACUGCUGCCCCCUGCCACACAAGGGGUGGGCCUGGGUCUGGCUUGUUUCCUUUGAGGGCUUAUCAGGAGCAGAUCCAAGAGUGGGAGCUGGGGAGACAAGAGGGACUAACUGGAGCAAGAGUGUGGGUCCUUGGGCCUGCCCUUGGUUGACACUGGUGGCACAUUUUCUUGGCUGGGGACAGAGGAUGUGGAAAAUCUGCCAAAGCUGACCCAGCACCGGCUGUCCAGCUCAGAGGUGCCAGCUCCUGGCCCUGCUGUGUUGAGCUUCCAGGGGAUCCCAGGGGAGGGCAGGAAGGUGGCUGAUAAUGGUUGUCUUCCUAAUAGGCAAGUUCUCGCCUCCUACUUCAGCGUGGCUUCCUGGUCUCUGCUUUUCUUUUUCUGGAGUAUAAGGGGAAGUUGCAUGUUGCCACCUGGGGUUUAUGCGGCAGCUCCUGCUACCUUGCUGCCCACAGAGUUCUGAGGGGAAUCAUCCCUGGGACAGGAGCUCGCUGAGAUGCCAUGGACUGCCCAUCUGCUUCCUGACAGGGCAAGUUGCCCGUUCUGGGUUUGUGGUGACGGAGGGGAACCUGAGAGGCACAGACUAAGUCCCCAGGCAGCUGCAGGCAGCUCCAGCCCCAGUCCUGAGGGUCCUCCUCACCACAGUCACGUGCCUUAGUAACUGGUCCAGGAAGCGUCCUGCUGUUUGCUGCACUGCUGCUUUUCUUACUCUUGCCCUCCCCUGCUGUCCCUUCCUGCUCACAGCUGACAGAUGACUCCCUGGUUGUCUUGGGCAAGGGGGAGGGGCUGAGAGGCAGUCCUCACCCACACACACACCCUUGUGGGUAAAGGGUUGCAGAGCAGCCUGGCACCUGGCCCUGGUGUUGAAGGAGUGGGCUCCGUGCUCCAGAUGCUUCUCCGACUCUCGGCUCUCCCUUAGCCACAUCGUGAAUGCUGACAAGGCUGGGGUGGCAAAGCUCAGGCAGGCUGCUUCCAUCUUUAAAAAACGUGGCAUUUACUUUUGUUUCUGAAACAUUGGGGCUGGGGAACUUCAGAGGUCCCACCCCCACCCCAUGCUGCCCCUCUGCUCCUUCCUUGAGCCUCUUGGGUGGUAAAAGUAAUAAAGAGCCCAAUAUUUUUUCAAUACCUGACCAAGCAGGGUAGCUCCAGGAGUGGGUGGCCUGGAAGAUUAGGGGAAUGGCCUCCUCUCAGCCUCCUGCCUCCACUCACACACGCACUUUACUACCCGCUCAUUCCUGGCCUCUUUCUGUUUCUCUUGUCUUCCUUUCUCAGGGUAAGGGCAGUGCCUGCUGUGCCUGUUAGCCACUCCUCCUCCCCCCUCUCCCACCCAGGAGCCUGAGAAUUCUGUGCCUGAAGCCCAGGCCAGCAUGGUUAGGCAUGGAACAGGUUGUCAAAGAUGCCAGAACUAGAGGUCAGAGCCUUUGAGGGAGAUGAAAUGUACCAGGGGGCUGUCCUUAGCCUCAAAAGAGGCCAUUUCCAGAAGAGUGCCUGCCAGCAGUCAUGGGCUCUGGGCCUAUCUGGAUGGUGGGUCCCUCGUGACCCAGCUGCCUCCCUAUGCGUGGGCUCUCCUUCCCCGCAGGGGUGCCCUUGUCUUCCUCCAAAAAAGAAAGCAGGGCACAUGGUGUGGGAUUUGGAGUCUGCUGAGCCUGCUGAUUUAUUCCCAGUUAUCCAAAACCUGAAUUCUAGCCGAGUUUUUUCUUUUAAUGAGAGAUCUUACUCUUUUUUUAUAGCAUACUCUGGCAUUUUCCCUCCCCUAAGAGAUUGCACUUUUUGUUUUGGGAUUAUUCAGCCCCAUAGGUUACUGGCUCAGGCCUUGGAAAAAUGAAAAGCCUUCCUUCUGCAGUGUUCUUCCAGCCAGCCGCCAUCAACCCUGUCCUGGGGGCACAGACCCAGACUUGUGUGCCGGCAGGAAAGAAAGAAGGGUAAAUGGGAGCCUCCCGUUUUGGCCCCACCUCUCCUCUUCACUUCCUCCCCUCACUCCCUUGUCACUGGCAUGGAUGAGGCCCACUUCUGGGCCUGUGGGUGCAGGAACCAGGCUUCAUCCUGCUGGCAUCCAUGACAGCUGUUCGUUCUCUUUCCCUGGAGCAGUUUCUUGCCAUCAGCCAUUUGCUACUGUCCAGGAGCUUCUGGGUUUUUGUCCCUUGCAAGGGGUUAGGGACUUUAUAGCUGCCAGGAAGGAGGCUGUCAGAGGAGUCUGGAGCAGGUGGGAAAACUCCAUAGCCUGGCUUUUCUGGGCUCACCUGUAGGGGAGUCCAGCAGAGGGCUUGUCCAGGAGAAUGGUCAGCACCAAAGGACUUUAUUUGAAAAGGUAUUUUUUGCACACAUGAGCUAAUAACUCAAUGCAGGUUUUAUGUCCUGGCAACUUGCAGUUACAUUCCAGUGACUUACAAGGGCCAGUCUUUGGUGAAGAUCACAUAUAUUUCCAUCCCUUUCCAUGCCCUAGUUUAGCAAGUAGGCUCUAGCUUUUGCCAUUUCUGGAUUUUAUGUGCUGUGUUCCCAUUUCACUCAGCGUGAACUGUGAAAUGGGCUGAAUCCUGGCCAAUUGUGAGUUCUUUUGGGUUAUAAGGCAUUUCAGUGUGUGUUCUAACACUCCAUUUGCAAAUAAAACUGGAACUAAUGUUAUCUUCCCCAUUCAUCUUGCCUUCCACCCCCCCCCGCCCUCCCCAAGUUCUGUGGAAUGGCAAGACUGACAAAGGUAUCUUCUUCCUGCCUCGUUCGUUAGUGGUGGCACAGGGACGAUAGCACUCAGCCUCUCCCUCCCAGUCUCAGCUGAGCGCUCAGACCACUUGCUUCCCCGUAACAAUGUCACUUCCAUUCCCAGAUUACAUGCUUACAUCAAGAGCAGAAUAUGCUGCAAACAUUUCUACAUCCUUGCUCUUUUUUCCCCCUCCCCUCAAAGAGAAUAAAGGACCCAGAAGGGAAGUGGUAUGCAGGCUUUCCAGCUGAACCCCAGAUGUACUGGCUGGGAGCUUCUCUCGAGGCCUCCUGGGGCUCAGCAUAGGGACAGACAUUACUGAUGAUCAGUGAAGAGCUCAGAGGGACUUUGCUUGGCAGGCUCAGCUUUGCUGGAAAACUCGUAAUCUCCAGUUGAAAACCUAGUAGAAUUUUGAAUGAAACCUCAAAGUUAAACCCUGCGCCAGGCAGCAGAGCUCUCUGGAGAGGGUGCAGGGGCAGAGCACUUGGAUUGCCAAGCAGGGAGGAGAGAUGGACGCGGGUUGUGUGGCCACCUACUACACCCUGCCCUGGCUUAUCACACCACUAUGGAACCUUGCAGAAUGGUACUCACAUAAUGGUUUAAAACAACACUUGCAUCAUUGACUAUGUGCAGGAUGUCAGUCAGUUUGGGUUUGCUUUAUUUUAUAUAUAUUUUUUGGUAUCCUGUACAUUGCAGUGGGUGUGAAGAUAGUAUUUUAAUAUUUGUACAAAGUUUAAUUUAAUUUUAAUUCUAUGUAUAUAACUGCAUUUCUAAAUAAUAAAAAAAGUUCUUAUGAGGCAGUUGUGAGAGAUGUGAUCCUUCCGUAAAAUUUUUAUAGAAACCCUAGGUUGAAAAGAUUGUGUGUGGGUAGGAGCUCAUGAAGGGAUGAAGGACCAGCUCUGGGGAGAGGUGCCUGGCAGGAGAUGGAGAUAGGACAGGGAGGUGGUCCAUGCCACAAGGAAGAGAGACCACAAACAUAAGUGGGAAUACAUUUUUCUCUUUAAAAACGCUCUCAGUGUGCCAGCUACCGUUUUCAUGCUGGGGUUGAGCAGUGAGCAAGACCUGCAUGGAUUUCUAAUGUGCUGGGAAGGCAGGCAGUUACAACGGUGCCUGAUGACAGUGUGAUCGGGGAAGUGUAAGGGAGCGUAGGCGGGCAAAGCUCUUUUUGGGCAAACUGGCAUUUAAGCUGAGAUGUGAGGGCCGGUACAGCGAGGCUAAGGGGCAAAACACUACGUGGGUGGGUGCAAAGGCAGCAGAAAGCACAGCCAGUUUGAGAAACUAAAAGGACUCUAGUGCUGCUGCAUGGCAGGGCUGAGGGAGAGGGCAGAGGCUAGGUUGUGGAGGCAGGGCCUCUCCAGCCAUGCUGGGAAGCUUCCCUUUAUCCUAAGAGCAAGGGGAAGUGCUUGACAGGUUUAAGGAGCUGAUUGACUUACUAAGCUCUGCAUUGGGGGCGAGUGGGGAAGCUCUCUCCAUGUCUUAGGAAGAGAGACUUCAGGGGGAUGCAGCAUCCCGUACCUGGAGACCAUGGAAGAAAUUGUAGGUCUGUGGGGGAAGAAGCAAUCCUCUGAGAUGGAGAGAUGGAAGACCCGUGUGGGAGAGGGAAUGUUGGAGAUCUAAAAAGUGGAGAGGCGGAGCACGCAGAGGUGAAGAGGUCAUUGCCAGGGAGGCAGGCUGACAGCAAGGAGCCCUCCCGGCAGGUGGUAAGGGUGUGAGUGGAGGGAUGCACUGGGCACUCGUGCUCUGGGUGUAAUGGUCGGGGUGACUGGUUUCCUACCUCACAGUGUUGGGUGGGAAAACAGUUCAGUCUUAAUCUCAGUGGCACCAGUCCUCAGGAGGCUCCGCACAAACAUAAUUGCCGUAGUUGCAAGGAAGGUGAAGGGAAGAUCAGUUUACCAACUCUUAAAACGGUGAUAAUAGCUGGUACUUAAAAACCACUUACGUGUGCCAGGCACAGCUGGAAGCCUAUAGUGUGGAAUCCACACAGCAACUAACGAGGCAGGCGCCAUUAUCACCUGCAGCCCCAGGCCACGUAAAAGCCCAGGCAUGAAGACCUGCAUUAACUUGCCCAAGGUGGAGCCAGGAUUUAAUUCAAACCCAGGUAGUUCUAAAAUGACUCCCACCCCUACCGCAUCAGACGCUGUCUGCCUCUCAAAGGCCUCACCACCUCCUUUCUGCCUUUACAGACUGUUCUAACCAACGAGCUUCAGGUAGAAAAUGGGCAGAAACAGGUCCCAUCAGGUAAGGAAUGCUGGGGAAGGGAGACGUGUCAACAUGGGGUCAACGCUGGGAUUGUUGCCUUUUGAUGGCAGGUGGUGGGUGGGGACAAUGAUAACAAAGCCCACAAAACCUGCAGGGCUGCUGGGGAAGGGCUGUCUGCGAAGUGGUUGCCUCGAGUUGAGAAAGGUGGAUGGGAGGAGAGAGAAAGAAUUUCCUGCCCUGCUGCGGAAUCCCAUCUCACAGUUUGGAAAGUUGAGACCCCUAGACAGCAACAAAAGUAGUAACAAGCUCUCAGCGUCUUUCUCAGAAUACUUAAAAAUACCUUUAGCCCGGCCAGUGCUCAGUGGUUGAGCGUUGACCUAUGAAC